GUUCUUAUACCAUAACCACACUUUUUAACAUUCAAAUUUUGAUUUGAAUUUGGUUUAAAUAAUAAUGUUACAAAUAACAUAGAAAUGAACAGAAUAAAGCUUUUUACCAAAGUAGCACAACAUUUUACCAGACAGAUGUAUUCUACAAAUAAUGAUGUGAUUUUAGUAGACAAAAUGAAUCAUAUCACUACAAUAGGUAUAAAUAGGCCCGAUAAGCGUAACUGUGUAAAUUAUCAAACGAUAAGUCUUUUAAGAAAAGCUUUAGAAGAAUUUGAACAAGACAGUAAUUCUUAUGCAGCAGUUUUAUAUGGUACAGGAGGAAAUUUUUGCUCUGGGUUUGAUUUACAAGAAUUAGUAAAUUUUGAAAAUAACCCAGACGUAUAUAAUUCAUUAGAAAAUGGAUUAAUGGGAAUGCCAACUCAUAUAAAGAAACCAACUGUAGCUGCAAUUAAUGGUUAUGCUGUAGCAGAAGGAUUCGAGUUAGCUUUAAUGUGUGAUUUACGGGUAAUGGAAGACACAGCUGUUUUAGGGUUUUAUGGUAGAAGAUUUGGUGUACCAAUCUCAAAUGGGGGAACUGUGAGACUCCAAGCAAUGAUAGGGCUUUCUAGAGCUUUGGAUAUGAUCUUAACUGGAAGGUCUUUGAGUGCAGAAGAGGCAUUUGAGUGGGGAUUAACUAACAAAAUAGUUGCUUGUGGCACAGCAUUAGGUCAAGCAAUAAAUAUGGCAGUAUCCCUAGUUAAAUUUCCUCAAGAAUGUCUUAACAUAGACAGAAAUUCAACAUACAAUGCUGCUUACAACGAAGCCUAUCAAAAUUUGAUUAAAGAAGAACAAACAAACUCAAAAAAGGUGCAUCUUAAGGACAUAAUAGAAGGGGCUAAAAAAUUCAUUGCAGGACUAGGGAAACAUGGAAAGACUUAUAAUUUAACUCAAAAAGAUAUCUGUGAAUGGGAGAAGGAAUUUGAGAUGAGGAGUGCUGUUAAAAUCAAACCAAAGAGUAAAUUGUAAAUUGUGUAGAUUUUAAAGUUAUUUUGUACAAUAUGUAUAUUAUUAGAAUAUAUUUUAUAUAAAUAUUUAAAU